AUGGAUCCCAAGACACUCCCUCUCACUGCAGACUAUCUCAUCAUCGGCGGUGGGACUGCCGGGCUUGUGGUUGCCUGUCGCUUGUCUGAAAAUUCGGCUUUAAACGUUGUCGUACUGGAAAGCGGCCCCGAUCGCAGCAAAGACCCUCAGGUCCAAAACCCAGACACAUGGCCCAACUUGAGUGGCUCGGACUUGGACUGGGGGUUUAAGAUUGUUCCACAGGCUGGCCUUAACAAUCGCGGCCAGGAUCACUCAGCUGGAAAGGUCCUGGGUGGAUCUUCUGCAAUCAACGGACUGGCCUACGCUCCACCGUCCCCGGCUGGUAUAGAUGCCUGGGCAAAACUCGGAAACUCAAAGUGGGAUUGGGAAUCUUUCCGACCGUAUCUCCAGAAGAGCUACACUGUGACUUAUCCAGAUGGCGUCACUCAUGCGAAUAAUAAAGCUCAGCACAAAUUGGAUGGCCGUAACAUCCAAGUAACAUAUCCCGCCUCGACAGACAAGGCCGCGACCCCACUACUCCAAGCAUGGAAUGACGCAUUCAAGGCUCAGGGCUACGACCUCAAUACCGAUAUUCUGGCAGAACAGAAGACAAUUGGCACCCGUGCCUAUUCUGCCACCAUUGACCCAGACACUGGCCUACGCAGCAGCGCAGAUAACGAAUACGGUACGACCGCAGCAGCUCGUCCAAAUGUGACCAUCAUAACCGAGGCGACGGUGCACCGGAUUUUGUUCAAUUCGCAAGGGGAGAACGUGACCGCCACUGGGGCGGAGGUCACAUAUAAUGGUCAGGCCACAACCAUCAAAGCGGCCAAAGAGGUAAUCAUGGCAGCCGGUGCCUUCCAUACCCCCAAGUUGCUGGAGCUGUCCGGCAUCGGCAAUAAAGAGCGAUUGACCGAACUGGGCAUCCCCGUUGUGAUUGACCAACCUGGAGUUGGAGAAAAUCUCCAAAAUCAUCUGAUGAGUAUCCUCCCAGCUCCUCUAAACCCGCAGUCAAGUCUAGAGGACAUCAAGCCAGGACUCAAAGCACUAGCCUUUGUCAGAAUAGAACCUGGAGAGCAGAAUAAGCUAUUCGAGGCCCAUCCUGACUCUCAAAGUUCGUCAGACAAGGCAAUUCGAUCCAUCAUCCAAAGCCCCAACGAAGCUUCGGCUUUCAUUUUCCUGGGAGUGAGGUCUGCAAGCCUUGCCCUUCUGGGUGCAAUCUCAAGCUUCCCAUUCUCCCGUGGCAGUACACACAUAUCGUCAGCAGAGUUUGACGCAAUGCCUACAGUCGACGCAGGCUUUCUGAAUAAUGAAAUGGACCUUGAGAUUCUUGCUCGGCAUGUUCGUACCCUACACGAGCUGACUACUGCUGAGCCUUUGAAGCCAUUCUUCCAACCGAGUGAAUUAGCCGGUUCUCUUGAUCUGGAAGAGAUCAAAAACAUGUUACGCGGCUCGGCAUUGACAACCAAUCACCUCUGUGGAACCACUGCCAUGCUUCCACACUCUGAUGGUGGUGUGGUGGACCAGGACUUGAAGGUUUACGGCACUUCAAAUUUGCGUGUCGUGGAUGCCAGUGUGAUUCCUCUUAUUCCACAUGCAAACCCGAUCGCUACGGUGUAUGCUGUUGCAGAGAGGGCCGCAGACAUUAUUCGAGGGGUUUAG